UGCUCUGGGGGAUGGCAGGACGCCAGGGACAGGCCGGGGUGGGCGUGGGGGUGUCACACUUCCUGGGAAUGGAGGACACUCACUGGGGACAGCGUGUCCACUUUGCGUGCUGGCCGUCCGCAGGCGGUCAGGCGGCCUCCAGCUGCCCGCGGGCCCACCCACCCGUCCAUCCAGCGGCCCAGCCCCCUCCGCAUCCAGCCGCGCGGUGCUCAGGGUCCCGAAUUUGCUGGGUUAGCCCAGCCCCCGGCCAUGUGAUCUGGACCGAGCCAGGCCUCAUCUGGGAAGGAGGAGGUGUGCCUGAGGGGGGUGUUCCCGCUGAGAUGAGAAGUGAAGGGCUCUGUUCACCCAGGCGGGCGUGGCACCGAACGGGAAAUCUGGACGGGGGGAGGGGGGACCAAGGGCAGGGGGGAGGGGAGGCUCCAGAGUCGCCUCCUGUGGCCCAUCCCUCCCUCCGGGAGCUGCGCCGGGCGCCUCCCACCCUCCCAGCCCAGCCCAGCCAUUUCCUCCUGAGUCCACGCCCCAGGCCUCCUGCUCAGGAAACAGCACCCCAUCCGCCACCGCUUGUCUUGGGGAGCAUCGCCUCGCAAACAGACCCGAAUUUGAGUGCUCCUUGCCCUCUGCUCCCCACAAGCUGCCCCUGCAGCCCACCUCCCCCAGGGGCCCACCAGGCCCCGGCCUUCCCCAGAAGCACCCACACUGGUAAUGUGUGUGAGGGGCGCCCCCUGGAGGUGUGUGGUGCUGGGCAUGGUGACUUUCUGAAUGGGAGUCCCUCUCCGGCUGCAGCUUCCCAGGGGGUGCCUCCUGGACCUGGGGGUGCCUCCUACUCCCUGCUUGCGGGUUGCAGCCCCCUGGCCUGGCUGCCCCAGAGGACACAGGUGCGUCCCCACCGAGGGCCGUCCCGAAUUCUGUCCUCGCCGCCUCCUUUGGGUCCCUGCUCGUAGGGGAUCUCAAGGCUUUGGGCUCUGACCUGUUCACACAGAAUGUGAGCUCCAUGAGGGUGCGGGACAGUGGCUGUGUCCCCAGGGCCUGGCACCUCCGGUGCCCAGUUCAUGCCUGCCGAGCACUGAUGGAGCACUAGAGCACAGACCCGUGGAUUCCAUGCGGCUGGAACAAUCCGGGGAGACUUCCUGGAAGCAGUGGCAUUUGGUGGGCCUUGGAAAGUGGGGGAGUUUGGUGCGGACAGAGAGCCAAGGGGCAUUGUCAUAACUCAGCGGACAGCCUUGAGCGCCGACGGCUGCCAAGAAAACGGCUUGCCGGCCAGGGGAGGGCUGUGCCGGCGCCUGCGCAGUUACUGGACGCCUGAGCUGCCCGUGCUCGGUCGGUACAGGGGCUGCGGGAUGAUUGGAUCACGGGGGUGCAGGCAGAUCAGGCUCAGAGGGGACCUCAGAAAAGGCCACGGCGUCUCCAUGUGGACUGGCUGCUCUGGGCGCAGGGCACCCAGGUAAUGUCCGCCCUCCCAGAGGGCCAGGGAGGCCGGGAUGUGCAUUUCAGUUUUCUGUCAUCAGAAAAGGGUGGCCCCGAAGGGGACAUGUUUGGGACCGUCUCCUCCUGGAGGGGGAAGGGUUUGAGGAUGCCUGGUGUGGAGCAGGAGCCAGGAGCCAGGAGUCAACGGCUGGAGACAGGAGCUGGCCACGGAGGCGCUCGAAGUGUGAAGGGCGGGUGGUAGUGACUGGGAGCUGAUGGGACUCAGGUCCAGGGAGUGGAGGGGCCACACAGCUGGUGGGGGCAGACAGGGAAGGGGCUGCUUCUGGUACCUGCUCUGUGCUGCCAUUUCAGGGCUUGACUCCAGCAUCGGGGGUGGUCUUGGUGUGCGGGCUGCUGGUGGUGCCAGGACCACUUGCCUGUGAGCUAACACGAGUACCCCUUACCCCCCCCCAUCCCUCAGUUCUGCAGGGGGAGAGAGACAGGCUCAGACGUCACAGCACCUGCCCAGGGCUGGCUGCGCUGGUGAUUGUGCCGCGCAGUGCGGUUGGAGGGUCUGAACGCUGCCGCCGGCCUGCCCUCCUUCCCACUGUGGCUCGUAGCUGCCCAGCGGGAAGUGACCUCGUGGCAGACCCACCACGCAGGGUGCGGGACCCAGCUCUGCACGUGGAGAAGAGGGGUCCUGGCCCCGCGGAGCUGCCCGGGGAAGACCCAGCCCGUGCCUGGCGGACAGCUCCAUGCCGCCCACUUCACAAGGUGAUGCAGUGGGAGGUGACGGGACGGCUGAGAAGCUGAGACGCUUGUCUUCCUGGUUGAAGAACAAUUUUAUUGUGAUUUUUAAAAUGAUACCUACUUAGGACAACAAAUUUUUUACUUAGGAAACUGAAGAAAACGGUCAAUAAUGAUUGCAUCCUACAAAAAAAAAAAAUGCGUCCUACAGAAAUAAGCACUGUUCACAUUUUGGUGUUUUCUUCCGAAUUUUUUCCUACAUUAUAUAGUUAAUGCAAAUGAUUUUUUUUUUCCCAAAUAAAAAUGAUCUGACAGGAGUUCCAUGGGGUUAUCUGGGAGGUGGUGUGAGCCAGAGUGUGGCCACCGUGCCAGCCUCCAGCCCUGGGCCCCGGCCCUUCCUGGCAGCACGAUCUCGGCCCCGGUGCUCUGUUCUUGUCUGUAAAAUGGGCUGAGAGAGACGCCCACGCAGGAGGCUGUGAGAAACAAGCUCGCGCACAGGUGCAAAGGGCCUGGGGCGGGCCUGGCAUCCCCCCCACCAUCGCCAGCCUGGCAAACGGUGCUUCUUCAUGUUCUGUCUCCCCCACCCGCUGUUCCCCUCCUCCAUGGUCAGGCUCUCAUCCAUUUGUUGGUUCAUUCGCCGUCGAGGCUUCCUCUGUGCCAGGCCUGGCGUGGAGGACAGAGCCCUGCUCCCUGGCCUCGGAGUAGACUGCGAGGACCUUAGAGACGGGUCCCCUGGGCUGUCCCACGCCCCCUCCUCCAGGAGGACCCUGGUGGGCUAGCGGGGAAGGGGGCUGGCUCUGGAGGGAGCCCGCGCUGUCCCUUCUCGCUGUGCGAGCUGGGGCACGUUGCUUAGACCCUCUGUGCUUUCCGAAUCUGUUGAAGAAGGAGCUGCGUAGGGAGGCUCGGAGGAGGGGUCGUGAGGCCUUGGGGGCUGCCUGUGGGGCUCUGGGACCGGGGCCCGCACUUGCGGAGCACCCCCGCCUGAGCUCUGGUCGUCGCUGCCAUUCUGAGCCUAUUCUUGGACCUCAGGGUACUGACGACCAGAGGUGGGCUGCUGGAAGCCGUCCAGAGGGGGCUCCGCGGCUGCAGGAACGGUUUCUGACUUGGGAGCCACGGCCCAGAGCACCUGUUCUCACGAAGGAGGCUGGCUUCCCUGGAGGCCCCUCUUCCAGAAGCUUCCGUCCUCCUUGGUGAGAGCGGAGAGCCAUGGGGGCUGAUGGUGGGGGCCGGGGGGGGACGGUUUCUGACUUGGGAGCCACGGCCCAGAGCGCCCUGUUCUCACGAGGGAGGCUGGCCUCCCUGGAGGCCCCUCUUCCAGGAGCUUCCGUCCUCCUUGGUGAGAGCGGAGAGCCAUGGGGGCUGGUGGGGGUGGGGUGGGGGCGUCUGGACCACCCUUGGUGGGAGCCUGGUCCUCGCUCUGAUGAGCAGGGCUUUCCUCCUUCCCUGCUCCGCCCGCCGUGCUCUCGGCGGCUCUAACAGGAGGCUCUGGCUUUGAGGAACAGAAACCCCAACCCAAAACGGCCUGAGCCCCAAAGGGGAUUUACUGUGGUCCAGAAUGAGAAGUCUGGAGCCUGGCAGCUCAAGGAUGCUCUGGAGGACCCUGGGUUCAGCCAUCAUCGGGCGUGGCUUUGUUGCCAGCUGGUCCCCGUGGUCCCAGCUUCGCUGACACAGCUGCCCCCGGAGGAAGGGGACCCCUUUCCCGUGGGCUUAUGUAUAAGCCAGGAAUCCUUUCCUCCAAGCCCCUCAGUGCCCGCCCUCGGGCACGGGUCACCCGGCAGCUGUGUCUCCCAGCCCCUGACCCUAGGCUGAGCCCCAGCCUCAUGGCUCCUGCCCCGAAGCGCAGGUGUUUCUGGGCAUCGCGGGGAGGAGAGUGAACCCCUGAACCAAACGGGGGUUGGCUGGGAAAGGUGGGGCUGGAGGAGGGAGGGGCCGCGAGUCUGCCGGGCCCACCCUCCCUCGGCAGAGGCCCCCUGGCUCAGCCGAUGUCCAAGUAGACACGAGCCGACACGGCCGGCCCCCGGCAGAGCGUGCCGGCAGCCACCCCGCGUCCAUGAGCCAGGCCGCAUCUGCCGUCCAGGCUGAAAUGGGGGCCCGCCCGUCUGCCCCGGAAGCAGCAGCUGCAGCCCACGGCACUGGCCGGCUGGCUUUCUGCGGGGAGAGGGUUGGCUCCGGAUGGAGCCUGACCUCUGAGGGGAAUCCGCUGCUCCAGGGACAGGCUGUGUGAUGCUGAGACGCUGGGACAAGUCUAUGGGGGGUGGGGGCUGGGCUGCCCCUCUGCACCUCCUUCCCUGCGGGUUGGCUGGGGAGGGCAUCCUGCUCCUUCCUGGCCCCCACCCUGCCCUCCCUGGGCCCUUUGUGUGCCUGUGGGCUUCCUUCCCACCCUCUCCCUCCUCCGUGCAGGCCCGUAUGGUACCAAUUACUGCCUUCCGCCCCCUGCUCAGCCGAUGGCGGGAGCUGAGCUCGUGUGCGGCCUCCCCAGCCAGCGGGGUGGGGGUUCCCCAGCACAGAGCCCUCGUCCUCUGGGUAUAAAAGCCGGGUCGUGGUGUGUGUGUGUGUGUGUGUGCACGCGCGCGUGUGUGUUUGGUGCAGGAGAAGUACUUAGCUGCAGCCGUUCUCUGUGUGUCUGAGUUUCUUAGGUUCCCACUUGUUUCAGGCCCAGGCCUGGUGUUUGCAGGCCGAGCUCCCCGGGCUGCCUCUCUCCGGCCUGCUUUCUAGAAACACUGCCCUAGGACAGGGCUGUGGCAAGACCGGUUUGGGGUCUUGGCUCCAGCCCCUGUGUGACCUGGCUGGGGGCCCUGAGCUUCACCUGCCCAGGCCACCCUCACCCUGUCCCCUGGGCGGGAGUGUCGCUGGGGGGACGGGCAGAAGAGGACAGCAGACAGUGAUGGGGAUUGGUGUGGCGGGCAGGGGUGGCCAGCCCCAUCGGCCUUCGGGCAGCCCACACUGGCAGCACCUGAAGCAUGACCCCCUCGUUCCAUCGAGCUCCAGGCCGAGGCUUCCCUGGGUGUCCCCCCACCCCCAGCCCUGCUGUGCUAUGAAGCAGAGACUCAUUGGGAGGGGGAGUGGAAGGCGUGGGUUUGACGACGCUGUGGUCCAGCCUUCGGCAUCCGGGCCUCCUGCAGCCUGGGGCCUGCGGCCUGAGAUGCCGGAUUCGGGAGGUCGGUGGAUCACGGGGAGCCUGGCUGGGCUCCAGCUACGGCCACCGACAGCAGCGGGACAGAGGACAGGGGGCAGAGCACCAGCGACGUGUGCCCUCCAUUCUGUGGGGCCUCAGGCUGCCAGGGCCGGACAGAACACCUGAUGGCCGUGACGGCAGUGGUGACGUCCGCACCCUGUACCAGGGCUCCCCAGGGAACGUGCACAGUCCCAGGGCUUGUCACCCAGAGUAGGAACCUCGUCGAACCCUCCCGAUGGUCCUGUGAAGCCGGUUCACAGAUGGAGAGCCCAGGGCACCGACAGCAUGGCCCACCCAAGGCCGCAGCUGUUGGGUGUGGCAAGGGAGGGUUCGAUUUCAGGAAGCCUGACUCCGAGCCCCUCAACUUCCUGAGGCCUCUGGUUUAGCUCCUUCUUGUCUCUGAGGCCCAGAGAGGGCUGGUGACUCGGCCAGGGUCACAUAGCAGGCGAGUGGCAGAGGUGAUGAAGCCGCCUCUCCCAGGCCCCGGUGCUACAGCCUCUCCUUGAGCCGGGGCCUGUUUGGAGGCGGAAUGGCCCACCCACCCUUGGGGUGGGGGCCGGAGGUGCCCGCCGUCUCUGGUCUGCAUGACCCCCUCGCCCACGUUGUUCCAGAAAGCCGUGAAUGCCGGAUGGGGCGGCUGGGGGGAGGUGGAUGCCUUUGCAUCUCACAGCUUUCCACAGAGGUGGUCAGGGUGUCGUGUGUGUGCAUGUGCGCCCCCAAGAACAGCACUGAUUCGCCAGCCGGGCCGCGGGGGUCUGAGCCCCGGCUUUGUGCAGUUGGUGAGAACCUGACCGCCCGGGGCUUCCUGUCUGCGCUGUCUGCCCCAGGCGGGGCACAGGCUGGGAAAGUGUUAAUGUGCUGAAAAGCACGUUCACGACAGAGCCCUUGUGCUCUUGGCCUCGGCCGUGUGUGCUGCCACACGUGCGGGCUCAGGGAAGGGCGGCGGCCUCUGCUGUCCAUCCUUGGCGGCUGCGCUGGGUGGCCGUGAAGUCCCCCCAGCCCUGCAGGACGUUGACGGGCCUGAAAGAGUUAACGGUGGGUCCCGCGUCCCUGGCUCCUUCUCCAGAUUUCCCAGGGAAAGGGCGGGAACCUCGGGCCUCCUCUCAGAGGAAGGGGUGGGCCGGGGGCGCCUCCGGGGGCACCUCCAUCCCGCAUAUUCAGCUCCUCCAACUUCUGCAGACCAGCUGUUCCAGAAGGCGGAGGGAGGGUUUUCAACAGGCAAAGAGGGCGGCAUGAAUGUGGGAUUCAUCACUGGGAUCUGGCAACGCCAAGGGCCUCCCUUUCUCCCCCGAGAUGGGGUGGGGGCAGGGUCCACCCCCAGUCGGAGGCCUGGGGCCGGAGCCAGGGGUGGGGGAGGCAAGGCCAGAGCCCUUCCCUCCCGCCACCCUGGGCCCCGGGGCUCCCCUCCCCCUGAGAACUGCCGUCUGGAAUCACUUGCCCGCUCUCCUCUGCACCCCCCCCCGCCCCUGCUGGGGAGGAUGGCCUGGGCCCUUGGCCCCUGCCACCUACGGCCUCCUGUUUGGCUGCCCAGGCCUCUCUCCAUGGAGGCCGCUUCCCGGCAGCCAGCCCGGGUCCUGGGAGCCGCUGAAGGCGGCCGACGUCCCCUGCAGGGAGGGCUGACUGUCCCGGCCUUGGGAGGGCACUAGGGACAAGGCCAGGGGGCCACCUUGUGGGACACAGCAUCAAAACCACCCUGGAGCCUUUCUUGGGGUGGGGGAGGUGCCACUGGGUCCUGGAAGCUUUGGGGCCGGUGAGCUGUUCUCUGUGGGUGCAGGAGGCGGUGUGUCCAGAAAUGAUUCGUUCAAUCCCCUGGCCCCAAUCCCUCAGGUUAAGGAGGAGGACAUGAGAGGCCCAGAGAGGCCGAGAGGCUUCCCCAAGGCCACACAGCCCAGCCAGACCCAGGACACCCCUUUCUGUGCCAGCCACACGGCCUAGAUUUGGGUAACUCGGCCUAACUUAAAUUAGGGACUCUGGUUGUUGGGCACGAGCGAGGACCCCUGAUGCAGCAGUGGUGACAAGGCGACAUCCCUGGGAGAGAAGCGAGGCCUGUGGUUUGAGUCGGGAACUUAGUGCUCCGGUUCCCGGGAGCAGAGCGCUGACCCCUCAGCCCACAUCCCCCACCCCACACCCCUAGGACCUCUCUGCGCGAAGCCGAAAUGACCUGGGAUGGGGGAUCCUAAGUUUCGCUCACUGGACAUGAGGCUGCAUUAAUGUGGGGGAAAGGGCUCUCUCCUUGGGGGGGGCUUCCGAUGAGGAAGGGGGCCACAGAUGGGCCAGCUGCCACCGGCGCUGUAGCCCUGGCCAGUCAUCCUUCUGGGGGCGCCAAGUCCCUCCUCGGGAGAGCCCAGGUGAACCCCAGCCUUGUCCUGGGAGAAUCACAGGUCGGGAGCCGAGGACGGAGCUUCUGGGGAGGACCUCGGGCUGGCUGGUCCCUUUCAGGUGCAUUAUCCCAUUUUACAGAUGCACGCGACUCGGUCCCUCCACCAGUGGUGGAGUCAGGAUUUGAACCCAGGCAGGCAGCCUCCUGGGCCUACGGUCCUACCCCGCGUCCCCCUUCAGGACCUGGGUCAGUGGGGUCGGCAUCAGUCGUUAGUCAUUGUUCGGAGGCCCGUGUCCCAGAAGGCGUGACUGCGUUCGGUCACCAGGCGAAGGGGAAGCACGGUUGCUGAUCGGCGGGCCUGAAAUUAGGGAGCUUAUCCUGGAUAAUCUCGAAAGCUUAUUCUGGCCUCCGAAGUGGGGAGGGAGGCAGGCGAGUCUCCAUCCGUGACCGGGUGUGAGAACGCCUCCACGGGCCACUGCCGGCUUUGGGGACGCCGGGAGGGCCGGGGCCGGGGAGCGCCGCGGCUCUGGAUGCUGGAAUAGGCAGGAAAACAGAUUCUCCCCAGAGCCUCCCGAAGCCAAGCCUCUGAUGUUAGCUCCGCGAACCCGUGUCGGACUUCUGACUUCCAGAACCGUGAGAUGACAGAUGUGUGUUGUUUUAAGGUCCUGAGUUUGUGGUAAAUUGCUACAGCAGCCUCGGGAAGGAAUGCCAUUGGGAAGCAGGGAUCCUCUGCUGGCGGGAUUCCCUUUGUACCCCCACCCUGGAAGAUUCUGGACUCCUCUAGAAGCUCCCAGCCCUAGGUUCACAGGAGGCUCCUCCAGGCCGGGCUGGAAAGAAAGCAAUUGAUUCCCUUUUCCACAAACAAAGGUGAGGGUGAGGGCCGGCGCACCUGCCUCCUUUUUGUGGCUUUUUUUCCCCCUUCAAUAUAGAAUUCUGUAGCUGAAAGGGACUCCGGGGUUCACAGGCUUGAUUUGCAGCUGAGGAGACCGAGGCCUAGACAAGUGCGCCUGCAUGGCCAGGGCGUGCCUGGUAGUGGUGGAAGGUCAGGAGGUGUGGACUUCAGGGGAGCAAAGUGGAUUGUCCGGGUGGGAGUGGAAAGCUGGAGGAGCAGCUGCUGCAGCAUCUUCUCAGCACCCUGCCUUGCAGCCCAGGAGCCCCGGAGACCAGAGGACACCCCAGCUUGGGGGCCACGGCCUGAGCUGAGUGGUGUGGAAGUGCCAGUGUCCUGCCUCCUCUGCAGACCAGGGCCCUGCAGGUGCCUCCAGGCUGCCUGGGGCUCCCAGAGGCCUUGGGGUGGGUGGCUUGCAACCCCUACCUUCCCUGACAGCAUCCGAGGCCAGUGGCUUGUAAGAGUUCGGCUCCUGCAGCAGUUCCCCAGUGGCCUAGCAGUUAAGGAUCUGGCGUUGACAAGGGUUUGAUCCCUGGCCCAGGAACUUCUGUAGUUUGUGGCACGGCAAUAAAAUAAAAUAAGAUUAAAAAAAAUAAAAAGUAGAUAAAAUAAACUAUGCUCCUGUCUGUCGCCGCGAAGCAGUCAUUUUCCGAGCCAGUAGGGGCAGGUGAGCAAAUCCCUGCCCCCUGAGUGCUGUGAUUACCUGACCCGGGCUCUAGAGAAACAGCCCGGAUGACACUUGGUGACAGUCUGGCAACCUCCUCACUCUCCCUCUGCAGCUCACAGCUCUCCUGGCGUCCUGCACGUCUUCAGGGUCAGGGAUCAAACCUAUACCACAGCAGUGACAAUGCUGGAUCCUUAACCUGCUGAGCCACCAGGGAACUCCUAUUCCUUUUUUUUAAAAAAAAAUGGGCUUGUAAGAGAGGUUUCCCAGAUCUUUUGGCUCCACCAUUAAGGGUCAUUUUUUGUUUUUUCCUCUCCUUUGGCGAUGGUUGCCUGCAGCAGCUUAACAUGAGAUCAAGUUCCCCGACCUGGGAUUGAACGCAGGCCAUAGAAGAGAAAGCACCAAAUCCUAACCACUAGACCGCCAGGGAACUCCCCCACCAUUAAGGUUUUGAAAGCGCAGAGACGUGCACCUCGUUGGUAAUCCACACUUUUCAUGUCCAUCACCAGUUUCUGCCUAGUCUUCUCUGCCCUGACGCCUGGCUGGCUGCUGCUGCCUUCCCCUCCCCCACAAGCCCACGCAAGUACCGAGAGGCAGGGAGCCAGCGCUGCAGAGCGUCUGCUUGGGGGCCAGGCUCAGCGCCCGGCGGUACAUACGUCAUCUCUUUCCUUCCCAUUCUCCUUGAAUUCUGGAGAGGGAAGAGCCCCCGCCCCCUUUCGACAGAUGAGAAAAAUCCCUUCCAAGAGAUUCAGAAAUGUACCCAGGUCACUCAACUGACAAGCAGGGAGUCAGAUUUGAACUCCCAUUCUUCUGCCCUCAAAGCCUGAGUUUUCUGGAUGAGAUGGAACGUUGGCUGGCUUGGCCCGCAGGCCCUGGGUGGUUGGUAAAUGGGAGCGCUGGCCCCUGGGCGGGGAGGGUCUGUGGCACGGCGCCCCCCUCCCCGCCAAGAGUAAGCGGCCGGAAGCAAUAUUCUAGCUGCUUUACAACCUUGAGUUUCCUGAGCUCCCGGUCCUGGGAGGAGUGAAAGGAAGAGAGGAAGGAGCUGGGCUGGGCUGUUUGGGCCCAGUUCCCAAUUAAACAAGCCUCUUACUUUCCCAUGGGUGGCGGGGUCCUUGCUGGAGGGAGGAGGGUUUCAGGCACCCCCAUUGAAAGUGGGUGUGGGGCUGACCCAGCCUCCUCUCAGAUGCCCGAAGCAGCCACAGGAGCUCCCGGCCCUCACGCCUCCACCCCAGCGGGCUAAACAAGGCUUCUUGGCUUGGGGUGUUUUCUGCCAGGUCAUGAGAACAGGCCCAGAGCUGCCUGCUGCCCUUGGUUAGAAGCUUCCCGCAGUUUGGAAAGCACUUUGACACGGUUUAGUGCAAACCCGUCCUCCCCAAAACCCCGCAGGGGGGGCAGGACGUUGAGCCACCUCCUCACGAGCCGCCAGGGAGCAAGUGGGUCUGUUGCCCUUGGUUGCAGGUGGGUCUCAGGAGGCUCGGGAUGGUGACAGCUUGUCUCAGGGCCACCCCACCAGUUAGCCACGGACAGGCUGACGGCUCUGCCUCCCGAGCAGGCAGUCUCAGCGAACUCCUGGGUGUCUCUGUUGAGCCCGAGCGUCGGGCGUCGGCCAGCCUGUUCCCUCCCUCUCACCAGCUGUGACGCGCACCCUGCAUCCCAGCUUAUCUGUUUGUCUUCCGAGUAUCUACCUUAGAGCCUUGCUGCAGGCCUGUGUUUCUCGCAGGAACACAUGCGUCGUAGCUCUGGCCUGUGCAUUCGCGCUGCUGUCCAGUGUCCAGCCGGCAGGGGUACCGGAACUUUCUAGUCUUCCCGUGAUGGACGUUUGUAUUGUACUCUGGUUUUUUUGCCUUACGAGCAGUGUCGCCCUGGCCUUCGCUGUGUCCCCUGGUAACUUAGGAAUUUGGACUUAAAACAUCAUGCCGAGACCUGUGGCUGCUCCCGGUGGGUCACCCUCUCUGUGGGACUCCGGCUCGCCGCUCCCGCCCCACCCUAACUGUAUCCAGAGCAUGGGCUGAUGCUGGAAUGGUCUGAGGUCUGGCCGAGAGCCAGAGCAGAGAGCUGAGGGGCUGCUAAGUCAAAACCAGUGUUUCCCAAACUCUGCCCUCUGUGGGGUUCCUAAUAGGCCUUGGAGAGGCAGAGGGGUUCCGCACUCCAGUAAGUUUGGGAAAUAAAGUUGAAGACUUCGAACUUAAAAAAAACCCCUCACAUUGUCGAAUUUAAUACAAAAAUAUAUUGACAUGUGUCUGUAAAUACACAAAAGGAGGACCGUACAGGGUAGCGGCUGCCAAAUCAAUUUAACUGCAGACACCUUUGGGGAUGGGAGUGUGCUGCAGGGCCGGUUGUCCCGCUUUAAUGGACUUUGAGAAACGGGGGUCUCACAUGCUGGCUGUGGCUGGAGAAGGUGCCGGGCUGAAGACGUUUGUUUCGGGGGGUAGGUGUUGGGGAGGGGAAACUUUCUCUACCCUCUUAGGUUCAGUCUUGGGGGGUCUGCAAACUAAAGAGCCCCAGUGGCGAGAGAAAAGACAGAGUGAAUCACAUGCCUAAGGGCGUUCACAGAGAAAUGUGACUCAGCGGUGUGUAAGAAUUGGGGGCCCAGAUGCCUCCUUAGUGUGGGUGGGGGGAGAGUCCCUGACCCUGUUCUAGAUGUUCUGCUCUCCUCCCAGGCCCACCCAGGCGGUGGGCUCUGGGGAGACCCUCAAUAAAAAGGCCAAGCCUUGGAGUUCCCACUGCGUCUCAGUGGUAAUGAACCCGACUGGUAUCUAUGAGGACGAGGGUUCGAUCCCUGGCCUCACUCAGUGGCUUAAGGAUCCAGUGUUGCUGUGAGCUGUGGAUCUGGCAUUGCUAUGGCUGUGGAGCAGCUACAGCUCCCAGUGUACCCCUAGCGGGGGAACUUCCAUAUGCUGCAGGCGUGGCCCUAAAAAGCAAACCAAAAAAAAAGAAGAAGAAAAAAACAAAAAUGGCCCAGAGCUCUGCUGUGGGCAUGGUUGACCCUCUUACCCCCCACCCCCACCCCGUGUGUCUCUGGGGCACACCCAGCUCUCAGAUGUUACCCGAGAGCUCGCCAGAUCUCAGGGGCGUGUGUGUGCCCGUCCUUCCUAACCCGUAGUUCUACGCCCAGGCCCCCACUGGAGGCCCCUGAGAAAUGUUUAAACAUCACCACCUCCUAGAUUAGUUCCGUCGGAAUCGCUAGGGUGGGGCCCGGGCACCCGAAUUUCCUAGAAGCGCCCCUUAGAAUGGUAAUGGGCCACCAGAAUUGAGAACCUCUUUGCAGGAGCCAAGCCAACACCCCCUCUUCUGCGGACCCCCUCCUCGCUCACAGCCCCCCACACUCCGAGUCAGAGCCUUAGUCCUCCCUCAGAGUACCAAAGCUUUUAUUGUUUGACCCAAAAUUUACCGUCUUAGCUGCUAAGCUUCUGUUUGGGGCAUUAUUUCAGCAAAGGAUGAGGUCGGGAGCUUGGCACCUAAUGCCGACCUGGAGCGCCCCCACCUGGCGGCCCUCGCGCCUGACACCCGGAGAGACCUCCCCUGGGCGACACUGCUCAUGGGGCCAGACACACGUCAAGGGUCUGGUUGUGUUGUUGCUGGUGCUGAGGAUUCUGGGAGGAGGAUGGGGGUCAGUGGGCUUGGAAGCGUGCCCAGGGCUACCGCUCAGCUACAUAGUGUCCCACGUGCAGAAUAACACGAGUUGGCUGCAGAUGAGUUAAGAUGUCAUCAAAUACUUUCUGACACAUUGUUGAUUUAAUGAGAGCUUCGCCAGAGGAAAAAGAAAUGUGUAUUGAAGGUGCCUGCAAGGGGAAGAUGCCACCUGACAGUGGGGGCGGGGGGAGUUCUUCUUAGAAAGGAGGAAAUGGGGCUUUCCUGCCACCGAGUCCCACAAAUAUUUAUCAGGGCUGCUUCCUAGGCGACCGGGAGGGGGUGAGUAAGUCAGCCAGGCAAGUGCACCAGGUCAGGGUAUGAGGCGGGAAGCACAAAAUGGGGGUAGUGGUCACAUCUGAUGGAGGGACAUCUGGAGGGCCUCCUGGAGGAAGUGACUU